AUGUCCGCCUUCCUCUCCUCUCUGCGCCCAGGCCUGCGCAUGGCCAACGCUGCCCAGACCGCCCGCGCCUUCAGCACCUCGCCCGCCCAUUCCAUCGCCCGCCUGACCCUCACCGGCCGCCUCGGCGCGGAGCCCGAGCUCCAUGCUACCUCCUCCGGCCAGGAGGUCGUCAAGUAUAACGUCGCCACCUCCCACGGCUCCAAGGACAACCGCCAGACCAGCUGGUUCCGCAUUAUUAACUUCGUCCCCGAGGGUCCCCAGCGCGAUUACAUCCUUGGUUUGCAGAAGGGUACCCUCCUGUAUGUUGAAGGCGAUGCUAGAAUGAACACCUAUGAAGAUGCAGAGGGCCACACCCGGUCCUCGCUGAGCGUUGUGCAGCGUACCCUCGAGGUCCUCAAGCGUCCUGAGAACCACUCCGGCGAGUCCCGCUAA